CACCCCGCUCCAGAACGAAGCCGCCCAUACUCGGGCCAAACAUCAGCUGCAGCCAAUGGCCAUAACGCACCAUUUGUCGUUCCCUUAAGGGGCCAAGGCCUGCAGCCGUAAUACAUGGGACGCUCCCCCAACUAGAACCCGGCUCCCUCCUGCGAAGCGACCAGGCCCUUGAGCCGGCCCGGGGGCACUAAGAAGAGGAGGCGGCCCGCGCGCGCAAGCUCCCAAACGUGGGCCGAGCCACGUGGGCUCCGAAGAGUUAAAGGGGCGGGGCCUGGGGGAAGGCGGGGGGGCGCGCUCGCGCUCUCUGGCUAGAGCAACUGUUGGGCGCUCGGCAGAAGCGCAACCGCUGCCCCCGCUAGCGCUCACGCGCCAUAGUGGCUGCGGCCGCGCGCGCUGUGAGGGAGGAAGGGGCGCCUGGGCUGGAGCACGAGUUGUGGCGGCCGGCCGGCAGGCGGGCGGGCAACGGCCGGAGCUGCCUCGGCUUUCCGGGCACUCCCCCUCACCCGACUAGCCGAGCCCGAGUUUGUAGAUGGGGCUGAGCUGUGCCCGCUGAGGAAGAGCCGGGGCGAGGGAGCCGGGGCCAGCCGCAAUGCAGCAAGUUUUGGAUAAUCUUACUGAUCUGCCCACAUCAACAGGAGCUGAAGAAAUAGACCUUAUUUUCCUCAAAGGAAUUAUGGAGAACCCUAUUGUAAGAUCACUUGCUAAGGCUCAUGAGCGACUGGAAGAUUCUAAACUUGAGGCUGUCAGUGACAACAACCUGGAGCUAGUGAAUGAAAUUCUUGAAGACAUCAGUCCUUUAAUAAACAAAGAUGAAAGUAUUGCAGAAUUAGUUGGUAUACUCAAGGAACCUCAUUUUCAGUCACUCUUGGAAGCCCAUGAUAUUGUGGCAUCAAAAUGUUAUGAUUCCCCUCCUUCUAGCCCAGAAAUUAAUAAUUCUUCAGUGAACAACCAGGUAGUACCAGUAGAUGCCAUUCGUAUACUUGGUAUUCACAAAAGAGCAGGGGAGCCACUGGGUGUUACAUUUAGGGUUGAGAAUAAUGAUCUAGUAAUAGCACGAAUCUUGCAUGGCGGAAUGAUAGAUCGACAAGGACUUCUGCAUGUGGGUGACAUCAUUAAAGAGGUGAAUGGCCAUGAAGUUGGAAACAAUCCAAAAGAACUACAAGAACUACUGAAAAAUAUUAGUGGCAGUGUCACUCUGAAAAUUCUUCCCAGUUAUAGAGACACUGUUAUUCCUCAACAGGUAUUUGUGAAGUGUCAUUUUGAUUAUAAUCCAUACAAUGACAACCUGAUCCCAUGCAAAGAAGCAGGUUUGAAAUUUUCUAAAGGAGAAAUUCUUCAGAUUGUAAACCGGGAAGACUCAAAUUGGUGGCAGGCUAGCCAUGUCAAAGAAGGAGGAAGUGCCGGCCUUAUUCCUAGCCAGUUCCUGGAAGAGAAGCGGAAGGCAUUUGUUAGGAGGGACUGGGAUAAUUCGGGGCCCUUUUGUGGAACAAUAAGUAGCAAAAAAAAGAAAAAGAUGAUGUAUCUCACAACCAGAAAUGCAGAAUUUGAUCGUCAUGAAAUUCAGAUAUAUGAGGAAGUAGCCAAAAUGCCUCCUUUUCAGAGGAAGACAUUGGUCUUAAUAGGGGCCCAGGGAGUGGGUCGAAGAAGCUUGAAAAACCGAUUUAUAGUAUUGAAUCCCAUUAGGUUUGGAACUACAGUGCCAUUUACUUCACGAAAGCCAAGGGAUGAUGAAAAAGAUGGGCAAGCAUACAGAUUUGUGUCACGUGCUGAAAUGGAGGCAGAUAUUAAAGCUGGCAGAUACCUAGAACAUGGAGAAUAUGAAGGAAACCUUUAUGGCACCAAAAUAGAUUCCAUCCUUGAAGUGGUUCAGACUGGAAGGACAUGCAUUUUGGAUGUGAACCCGCAGGCCUUGAAAGUAUUGAGGACUGCAGAGUUUAUGCCCUAUGUAGUGUUUAUUGCUGCUCCAGAGUUAGAGACUCUGCGUGCUAUGCACAAGGCUGUGGUGGAUGCUGGAAUUACAACCAAACUUCUAACGGACACUGAUUUGAAAAAAACAGUUGAUGAAAGUGCACGGAUUCAGAGAGCAUACAACCACUAUUUUGACCUCCUCAUUGUAAAUGACAAUCUAGACAAAGCCUUUGAGAAGCUACAGACUGCUAUAGAGAAAUUGAGGUUGGAGCCACAAUGGGUCCCAAUUAGUUGGGUAUACUGACAGAUUUCUGAAGAUGGGUUUAGCUAACAAGUGAAAUUAGCUGCAACAAACGUUCUCAGAAGACAUUCUGUAGAGAUGGAAGAUACCUGCAGGACCCUUGCAUUUUUACUCUGUGUAUAUUCAGAUGAUAGUACACUAUUCUGAGUUUUUAUAUUACAUAUUGAAGGAAAAGUGUACUUAGAUAUGUAAUUUAUUUUAAUUUUUCUAACUUUUUACAGAUAACCUUUCUAUUCAUGUCACAUGAAGGAAAUGCGUUGAAGCAUUUUUAUAUGUUUUAAUUUAGUACCUUUGCCUUUUUCAUCUAAAACUUUCAAGUCAUUCACUUUAACUUUUACAUUUUGGUCUUACAUUUUCACUGUGAUAAGGAAGGAUACUUGAAACAAUUUUUGUAAAACUCUUGAAAGUUAGUGUUCAUCUGGUCAAAUGUCAAUUGUUAUUAGGAGAAAACACUAAUUCUUUUCCUAAUAUGCACCUUUAAAUUUUUUUAUGGGAGCAGAAUUUUAAAUAUUAAAGCAGCAGCCAUCACUGCUUUGUGACAUUGCUCUGACAUCUUUCUGCUCAAUGUUUAUACACUUUUGCAGUUUCAUGGUUUCUUCUUGUCUCUUUUGAUUUAGACAUAUGUACUGUAGACUUCCCCUAUGUGUACCUUUAAAAAAAAUAAUGUAAAACAAUAACUUGCACUCUACUUAUUAGGCUAUUCUUGGGAGCCAACCUUUUAGCCCAUUACAGUUGAGGUACUGAUGUCAGAAAAGUUGUAUGUAAUGUAAAUCAUUGUAGUUAGGAUCAUGGUGAAGUAGCCUGAGAAGAGAGCCUUAUAUUGCAGAGCCUUACAGUGAGGCUUAGUGUGUAGGACUAUUUAUUCACACUUGUGAAAACACAUUGCUAAAGAAACCUGCUUUUUUAUUGAGACAUUGUUCGGUGUUUGUAUAUUGAUCUGUGAAUUGAGUUCUUGUGAUAUUUAGCUGGCUCUUAUUUUACAUUUUGGAAUAUUGUGAGUGAUCAGCUGUUGUGUUUUAUAAAAUGUGAUGUAAUGAGAUUUUUGUGCUAUUUGUUAUUUUGUGUUUAAACUGCAUUCUUCAUUGAAUAGCUUGUGAAAUUAGAAAGUUAUUGUCAGAUGCUAAAAAUCAAUGUUUAUAUUUUGUUUUAUAACAUGAUUUUUUUGUGUUUCGUGAUGAAAUAAUUCUCCAUUCAGUAGACUCACUGGCAUAAUUCCUAUUAUCUCCAAGUUCAUAUUGAUUCAUAUUUUCAAGACUUUUACUAAUAUAAAUUCUCCUUAACAAAGUAUAAAAUGAAAAUACAAAUUGUCAGUAAGACAAACUAUUCUUGUGACCAUAUUUGAUAUUACACUAGCUAUUGUAUGUAGUCACAUUCCUUCAUCAGUUACCAGGUUUGAGCCUAAAUUACAGUCAUCUAUCCACUUAAUUUAUUUUCUAUCUGGUGACGGUCACCUGUCUUCUGAAGUUUUUUUCCAUGCCGAAGCAUAUUACACAGAAUGCCAACAAAAAGAGGACUUCUGCUGAAUUCUCUUUCUGAUGAAAAACCCAAAAGAGUAGAUACAGUGUAAAAACAAUAGUGUGCCCUUGGUCUUUUAAAGAUUUUUGUCUAUGUACACAAGAAAACAGGGUGCAAGUAGCUUUAUGUAGUUACUUUAUACAAAGAAACUCUGAGUCUCAAAAGUUAUAUUAUAGAAGAUUUAAAAACCUCUAAGAUAUAUUUUUUAAAGAUUCCAGUAUAUUUUGUAAAUGUUAUACAAAAUCUAGCCUUGGUCUUCUCUGUGGCUCUUGGUAUUGAGAUUUCAGUUUUUUAAAGUGAGUCUGAAACUUUUAAGGAAAACGUGUAUUACUACUUUGUUUUUAUUCUGUUAAAUUCUGCAAAGUAUAUAUGGGUUUUGUUUCUUUUUAAAAGUUUGGUAGAUUUCAUAAUAUGUGGUGCCAGCAUGACACUUUUCUAUUUGGUACUCUUAGGAGACUAGGUUCUAUGAUGCUACUGCUCUAGCGGUACUUUGAAGAAUAGAUCUGUUGUUGCCAACAAAUAGCAGAGCCUUUUGCUUGAAUAUUUUAAAAGAUUCAAUCUUGGUACUAAAGGACUUUAUAGCUAUGAUGGAUCUAUCAGUGUCCUUGUUAUACACUAUGUAAUAGGAGAUAAAUGUGUUCUGUAUGUGGGAAGUGUUAUCUAGUCAGAUACUACGCCUUUCAUUAUGAGUUAGAAAUGACUAACUCCUGAACUGUGAUGCCAAAAGUGGGUUGAGCUAGCUCCUCCCUAAUGAGUGAAAUUAGAAGAUUUUACUUUCCACACUGUAGUGCCGUAUAUUGCAAAUUUCACUAACUUCGCAGCUUUGUCAGAGCAUAUUUCACCAAAUGGAAAUGUAUGCGCCAAGGUCUAGUCAGAAAACUACUGUACUACUACCAGUACCAUCAUAGAAAUAGGAAUGUCAAAAGGGACAGUGUGGUGAUGUUUUGUGCUAGGGCGUAGGCCCUCCUGUGUUCAAUAGAGUGCAAAAUGUGAAAUGGAUCGCGCUUGAGCCUAUCGUUAAGUGUCAUCAGACCUGCUGUAUCCUUUUAGGUAUUGUCUUUAAUGUAGAAGCAGCUGGAAAGUGUGAUUCUAGGGCUCCCUCACAGGAAGGAUUGUCUGGCAGGAUGUAUAUAAGAACCUGGUAUAUCAAAACCUUUAUGGGGGUUAUCUGGAUGUCUAGGCUUAAGGUGGUAAGCAAAAUAAACUCUUUACCAGACUUCUUUACCAAAUCUUUCAAAUUUAGCAAAGUAUACUUUCAUCAUUGAGGACCAGGUUAGCUGUAUUAACACACCUGCUUUGGAUUUAAAACAACUGUUCAGAAAACAUUGGAACUUUUCUUUAAACUAUAAAAAAUAGGUUUUUAGCUCAUAUGGUCACUCAAAAAUGGCUGAAUUUUUUCUUUUUCUCUUUUAAAAAAAAGUCUUCUAGGCUGACAGCAAUGAGAAUUUUGAGUUCAAACUAACCUUUUUAGAGAGGUUAAGCCAUUCAUCAGAGGGUUAGAGAAUGAAGAUGCUAUUUCCAUCGUAACUACGGUGAUAGCUUCAUGUCAUAAUACAUAUUGGUAGGAAGGGUGGUAGGCUAGAACAGUGGUUCUCAACCUUUCCAGACUAUUGUACCCCUUUCAGGAGUCUAAUUUGUCUUGCAUACCUCAAAUUUCACCUCACUUAAAAACUUUUUGCUUACAAAAUCAGACCUAAAACAAAACAGUUCAGCACACUAAUACUGAAGAAUUGGUUACUUUCUCAUUUUUACCAUGUAAUUAUAAAAUAAAUGGAUUAGAAUGUAAAUAUUGAUUGUACUUACAUUUCAGUGCGAUACUUGAGCCUUGUCAUUCUGAGAGGCAGUGAGGCGACAGCAACAAUCAAGUUUUUCUCCACAUAAAGUCUAUUCCUACUCUUUGUCUUGAUGGCAGUCUUAACAGAAAAUGAGACUUCACAAAGAUGUGUUGACCCAAAAGGUAACCGAACAUGCAAAGCAUGGUUCCCAAGGUCACUGUACUCUUUCUGUACUAAACACCAGAACUGGGUUAGUGUGGAGUCUUUAAACUUCAUUUGCAGACCUUGGUCUUAGGAUGUCUCAAGAAGAUUUUCUUGCUGACUGGCAGAGAGGUUAUUGAUACUAACAUCUGACAAAAUGAAUGGGUUUCUUACCCAGUCGAGUUGAGCUAAGUUGUGUUGAAUGUUGGGGCAGUAUUGUUAUCCUAAAAUUUUAGACGUCAAUUAUGUUACCUACAAUAGCGCUUUUAAUUUCUUAAAAGGGUAACCAGGUUUGUGGUCUGCUCUAAAGGAAUUGCCAGGGUGUUACCAGGGGGCUUGUCUAUGACCCACAGAGGGCUCCCCAGAGCAAGCUAGUCUUGCUAACCCCUAAAAGGACACGGAUACAGCCCUCCGCUCAAGGAUAGACAUACAAGCAGUAAUUCUUCGAAAACAAAAUAAUUGUUUAUUUAAAAGAUAAGUGGUUACAGUGUAUUUAAUGAAGCAAGAAAGAAUAAUAGAAUAUAGUAAAAAUGCAGUAAAAUUACAUUUAAAACAUCAUAAUUAAAGCGGCACAAUGAAAUAAAAGACUGCUUACAAUAUUUCACACACAAAGAAUACAGCAGCUUCAGUGUAACAUGUAUAUAAAGAUCCCACAUACACAAAGGUUUUUAGUCUUAGUGUUACAAUCUAAUCCUGUACUUAAUGUAAGAGAUGCAGUCUCUAUAUACACACAUGAGAAAUCAUUGUCACAUAACAUUUAACAUAAAACCUUUACUUAACAUUAACACUUAAUAUUUAACAUCCUAUAAGUGCUGGCCAAGCAGUUACAAGAGCAGAAGGGAAGAUCUUACUCAAGACAUAGGCAUCCAGCUUUAUUUACAGACAAACCCAUACACUCUUAAAUAUUAGAUAGAAAAGAAGAUCAGACUUACACGUCUUAUUCAAAAUUUCCCUCUGAUUCAUCUAUUGAUCCUUCUGAUCUGUUUGAAUUUAGAGAGCACAGUUUUCACAGCUUGCAGUUUCACUGCUCAGUCGGGCCAUGGAUGCUGUGGUGGCUGCUGCUCAUUCGUUAAGAUAGUUGCUGGCAGGCAGUUGCUCGUUGCUAUGACAACCUUGGAAUUCUGCUGCUGCUGCUGCUUUUCCAGGUAGCUGCUUUCCAGGAUGUUCCAUUCUUCUUUUCAAGCAGCUUCUGUACUUCAGUUUCAGCCUGCUGGCUGAACCCCCUACAAACUCAACCUGCUGGCUAUUGGCCUUAUAUACUGUUUGCUCUCUCAAUAUCAGCUCCUCUCAGCCAAUCAGCAGCUAGCUUUUCAGCUCCUCCCUAUGACAACAUACCUAUUUUUAGGUAGGAAAGCUCCUCCCUGAGCCAUCUUGGAUUCUAGACCUUUGUAAGCUCCUCCCUCUGAUGCCAUCUUGUUUGCUAAACUUUCCACAACCUAAUUUUGAACUCCGUAAUCCCUGUGUCUCCCAUUUUGAUUUUCCUGGCCAUGUUGGAUUUUCUAAAUUUAAACUAUCAUUAAUUUCUGCUUACUUAGAGCCUUAAUCUUAAAACUAAUUACUGUUUUAUACAACCCAAAUUUCCUGAUACUGUCACCACCUUAAUUAUAUCAAUUGGGAAAAGUGAAUUUUUGCAAUAUUUAAACCCCUUUUCAGGUUUUUCUGUAAGCCUCUCAGGAUAUUCAAGGUAUUUCAGAACAUUAAAAGCAGAAUCUCUCGCCACAAUAUGACUUGAAUUCAGAUGUCAAGUGAGCAAAAUGAUCUAUUAUUAUAUCUUUUAAUUUUGCUCUGCUCAGUUUCCCCUGUGUAGAAAUCAGUGACAUGUGCAUGAAGCAGUGGAAAACAGGUAAAGUCUUUGUCUCCACAUUUGGAUUUUCAGAAUUCAGUUUUCUUGAUAAAGGCAUUCACUUUCUCAUAGAGAUUCAGAAUGUUAGUGUCACGUCCUUGCAUGGACAAAUUUGGAUCAUUCAGCUUGCUAAGUGUAUCUGCGAGGUAGGCAAGUUGAGGUAACCACAGUAUUCUCAAAGCUUCAGCUAUUUCUACAAAAGCACACGAUGCUUCAUAUGCUGUCUCCCUUCUUGUAGCAAAAUCAAAGAAGGCAUACACUAUUACAGAAGAUCUGAUUCUACCUGCUGCUGUAGCACUUGCAGAAAAAAAACAUGCUUGAUAAAAAAGCAGUUGAUACUCUCAAGAAAGUACCUUUAUCAAAUGACACUGUAUGUCAUAGAAUUGAAGAAAUGGCUGAGGAAAGGAGGGAAUGGAUGAUCAGAAAGAAAUGUGUGAACUUUUGUGUGUAAUUCAGACAAUCUGUCAAGUACUUUCUGUCAUGAAAGCCAGUGAACCUCUGUGUGAAGCAACAGUUGCUGCUGUUCUGACCCCCUCUCUACGCAAACAACACAAAACAGGUGAGCAUUGAGGGGCCUGGACUUGAUAAAGUGACAAUUUUGACAGACUCAUUUGAAACUUCAUGCAGUUAAGAACUCAUCUUGUUUGAAGCAAGUACCCCUCAGUGUAUGAUACAGUGCACCCACUGCAAGGAAGGAUAUUCUUUCCUGAUCCUAGCUACAAGUCCGUUCACUCUCUCGGUCAUUGCAGCAGCCCCCUCGGUGCAGAUGAUUUUGCAUGAAUUCCAACUCAAAUCAUGUUCAGAAGAAAAAUUCAGUUUAAACAUGGCCCCUCCAAUUUAGUUUGCCUUUAAACUUUUGUAAAACAGUAUGUACUCGUUGAUAUCAGUGGUUUCACAGUAUCGAACGUAAGCAAUCAGCUGAGCUUCUCCACUAAUAUCCGUGACUCAUCAAGCUGAAGGGCAAAUGUUUUUGCCAUUUUAAGUUUCUCUACAAGUUGAGAGAAAAUUUCCUCAGCCAUUUCUUCAGUUCUGCGACACACAGUGUCAUGUGAUAAGGGUACUUCCUUGAGAGUAUCAACUGCUUUUUUUAUCAGAUCUUUUGAAAUAGUGUACGGCUUCUUUGAUCUUUGCUAUAAGAAAGAGAGACAGCAUAUAAAGCUUCAUGUGCUUUUGUAGAAACAGUUGACGCUUUUUUCAUUUUAAGCUGGCAAGUCUGGAACUUGGAAACCUUUCUUUGAAAAAAUUCUUCCAGUUUACCCACAUGCAUUGGGUGUUUUGUCUUCAAAUGUUGUUGCAAAUAUGCCAGCUUCAUGCUGUUAUUUAAUAGACUUGUCCGCAAAGGAACCACAAAGUUUGAGGUGGAUCACUAUUUGUAGAUGUGAAUCCAAAAGCAAUAUAUUCCUCACAGAACUGAUGGAGUUUUUUCAGUCCUUUUCAAUUUCUUACAAAUUUCACUGUCGCCACUACCAUCGCUUCUAGCACCUUGUUUUAAAAAACUGUCAGUUUUUACAUUGGAACUGCAUACACACUGACAACUUCAACCUCAUUAACGUGCUUGCAUGCAUCAGUAUAUGACAUAAAACGCAUGUUUAAUACAGUGUGUAUAUGCACAUUGUUACUGUAUAAUAUAGUAUAUAGAGCAGAAUAACCAAUCAUUGUAUGAAAUUUUAGUUUGUACUGACUUCGCUAGUGCUUUUUAUGUAGCCUGUUGUAAAACUGGCAGAUAUCUAGAUGAGCUGACAUACCCCCUGAAAGACCUCUGCAUACCCCUGGUUGAGAACCACUGGGCUAGAAGAUCCACAAGUUAGACUGAACUGCAUAAUAUACAAGUAAUGAAGAGAUGCUAUGAAUGCAUUAAGUUUGAACAAAUAAAAAUAUUUCUCAUAGCAUGUACUAUAUUGUUGUUAAUAGUAUUUUGGGGGUUUAAAGUUAUAACGUUUCCUAUUGUCCAGAAAUCACUUUUGUGUUUGGUUCAUCUUCUGAGUAUUAAACACUUGCUCACUUUUUCCUGGACACUGAAAAGUAAAGUAGCUAAACUUUAUGCUGACUAACCAUAGGGAUAUAUGUUAGAGAUGCUGCUAAAUUUGUAAAGUACGUGAAUAUAUUAGUUUACUUUUAUCUUCAUAAUGGUCAAAUAGCUGGGAAGUGAAUGUGUGCAUGCGUGGAUAGUAAAACAAAAAAUGUUCAUGUACACAAUCAUAUUAUGUACCAAGACUUAAUCCAAAGGAAAUAUUCCUACAUAUGAGAUAUAUUGAAAACUGGCACAUAUAUCUCUACCUGGAUGGUGGUGAUUAUUAAUAUACGUUUGCUCACUCUAAAAAUUUAUUCUGUAUCUGUAACUUCUAUCUAUAUUAAGCAGUUCAUCAGGUACCAUAAAAUGUUGUGUGUGUAUCUAUAGAGUUAUAGAGAAAAUAUUGGGUUCAUCCUGUGAACGCUAGCUUUUUGCUAGAAUGCAAUCAGAAUGUCAUGAACCACAAAUUAUUCCAUGGCAGGAUGGAAAAAAAUUGAAGCUUUCUUUUAAAAGAUUAAAAAGAAAAAAUUGGAUUUUUUAAUUUAAAUUAAAUGCAGGUUUAUUUUUAAAAUAUCUAUUUAAAUUUGAAAUAGACCUUAGCAUAGGUUGUCAAACUUAUCUAUUAAAAUUUAAAUUAAAUCCAAAAAUAAUAAACGAUCAAUGUUUGCUGCCAACUUUUAAAGAAAAUCAAACUACUGAGCUGGUAGUAAUCACUGGUGAAGCACCUGGAACCAAAGUCUAUUUAAGGGCUAACACAGCAGUUUUGACAGCAGUAGCCUCUUCUGCAGGUGCAGAAACAAUAUUUUAUUUUAUUUCAGUUUAUUCAACUAGUUCAAUUCAGUUACUAGUUCAUUCAUAAUUAAGAAACCAGUUGGAAAGGUUGUUUUCCUCUUCCAACCUAGGAAUAAAGACUAGGUGUCAAGAUGAGAUCUACUAGUUCUAAAAUCUUGAUCAAAGUGACCAGAAACUAUCAGUUCAAUUUUAAUUUUAAAUGCAAAACAUAUUUUGAUCAACUUUUUUCUUAGGCGUGUAGCACAUUUAAGGUAGUUUUAUUUAAUAUUUUUAAAAAGCUGGUUUUGUGCAUCUUUAAUUGAAUUAGAAUAUCCAUCCAAAUACAUCUUGAAACAAAUCAUAAGUAAAAUAAUCAUCUAGUAAAUAAGAAAUGCAUCAUUCACCAUUUUCUAACAUAAUAAAAGAUUUUAAAAUCUUUUAUCUGAACAAAUGUUAAGCUAUAUAAUUGCUUAAAUAAAUAUGUAUAGAUAUAAUGUAUUCUCCUGAUUAGCAAAACAAACACACACCAGUUUAGUGUAAAGUCUAUAUUUAGUUGCAAAUCAACAUGUUUUCAUGGUUACCAACGAAUAAGAAUUAACCUUUCUUUAGAGAAAAUAACUAAAAAGUACACAUGCAAAACACAAUUAAAAUUGAUUAUUUAAAUAAAGGGUUCCUGAUUGCUGAUUUAAAUCACUUUGAUAUAAAUCAAUCCUCCCUGUUUCGUAGACUAAUUUAAGUAAACACCAAACCAAACUUUAAUGCAAAUACUUUGGGUGCAUAACUGGUUAGUUCAUAAUAGCUCUAUUCUUUAAAAGUUAUGUUAUUGAUUCAACUUAAGUUUCUAAAUAUUGUGACAAGCCCGAGUCUGUUUAAGGUUCAGUGUGGUAAACCAUAAUAGAACCUGUCAACUUAUAUAUAUUUUAUGAAGGGCUUUUAAAAUGUUUAGUAAAUAUAAAAUAAAAGAUGUGAAAUUAGAGCCGUAUCAUAAAUUGACACCGGCAAGGAAACUCAGCCUUGUGGGCAAUACAGUAUUAUUUUUUUGCCUUGUGCAGUGUUCUCAGAUCAGAAUUUCUGUAUGUGUAUUGAGGUGCAAGAAUUGUGUGGAACAGGAUGGCAAGUCAACCUUAACUUUGAAUGUCUGUGCUUAAAAAGACUGUCAAGGAUUGUGAAGGCUCAAAAUUUGACCUACUUUACCGGCUCCUUACAUGCUAUCCUAAUUAUGUCUUUUAAAAUCAAACUUCAGUGCUUUCAUUUUACAAAAUGCCUGAUGCUCAGCACUCAAGAGCUGUCCUAGGUUUCCAGAUGAUGCAAAUAUGAAAUAGAAAAAUGUUUUAUGAAAUAUGAAAAAUGCCUGGCUGGGUGUCCUUUUUAAAGUUUGUGUGUCCAUACCGUUCCUUAUUUUAGCUACAGCAAAGACAAUGUGGAUCUGGUGGGUCGGGCACUAGAUGGCAAAUCAGGAGACCUGGGUUCUUUUUCCAGCUCUGCCCUUGAUCUGAUGUAUAACCUUGCCUAUGUCAGCUCCACUCUCUGUGCCUCUGUUUCCCCUCCACACUUUGUCUUGCUUAUUUAGGCUGUAAGCUUUUAGAAACAAGACUGUUUCUCACUGUGUCUACAUAAUGCCUACUGCAAUACAGUCCCCAGCUCAGGUGGUGCCUCUAGGCACUACUGUAAUACAGAUAUGAGGCUAGAUUCUAAACUUAGUGUGGUCCAUAGGGGUUUUUGCCUCAAAAAUGCACCAGUUGAGAAACCCAGUGGGGAACAUACAUGCAUGUGUUCAAAGGCAGGUUCAUGCUUCUGCAAUUAGAACUCUGCCCCAUUCAUUAAAUCCUGGAGAGAUUAAGUAUAAUUUAUAUCGCCAAAUUCAGUGUAGAAAAAGUCAGGUCCUACUUGUUUUUAAAAGGGAUAUUUUGGUACAUUAGUUCAUAACAGGAGUGGUGGUUAACACGUCCAUCACCAUUCUUCAGCAUAGAGAAUUCCCAAGUAAGUCAGUGGGUGUUGUCUGUAAGAAAUUAUUUGCAAUAUGUUGUCUUUUAUGUCGUUCGCGGUAUGUUGUAUUUCUAUUCAAGUUCUAGUUUAACUGUAUAAAAUAUGAAAAGCAUCUUUACUAAAGGCAUUCUGUAGAGUAAGUAGUUCCAUUUCUGUUAAGUAAACCCACCUAUAAACAGUUAAUUACUUUUAUAGUUGGCAGUAUUUAUAUUCUAUGGGGCAAAUUCUACUCCGAAGUAAAUGUGAAAUCAUACAUGUACAUUAGAAGGAAAGACUUUUGGUACUCAUAAUUUUCAACUUUCAUGCUCAUGGGCAUGGAUUCCCCUUCCUUUGCUGCUAACAUAAGAUUGGAUCCUCAAGUGUGAAAGAGUUACAUUGGCUAUGGGGACACUUUCGCCUGUACUCUUUUCUUUUUAAUGAGACUCUGCAGCUGUUAUCCAAACUCAAGGACAAGAUAGUUGGGCACCUGCAAGGCUGACCUAAAUAUUGCUCCAUAAGAUAUUCUUCAUGUUCUAGAGAAGGGUAAUAAAGCUUUCUCCAGAACCCAAGUGGCUUUUCUGUACUAUCUGACCUCUCAAAUAAGGGGUCACAAGAUUCCUCUUAACACUGGGUUUUGUUGGAUGGCAGUAUAUUGGCCGGUACAGUGCAGUUUUGAACAGGUUUCAAAACACAGUCCAGGACAUCACACUGCGUUCAUGAUGUACAAAAUAUUACUUCCAUAGACUUUUUCUUGACUUUUAAAAAUGCAUGUUGAGUAUGCCCUUCUCCCACAAAUCUUACACUUCCUAUGUAUAAUGUUUCUAUAUAUUGUGGUACAGUAAGGGUACCCACUAUUACUGAAGGAGUCUAAACUCUGGAGUUUCUUUGUCAGGGAUUGUGCUAAGAAAUUCAAGAUUUUGGUCAAGUUAAACUCUGAUUUACAUUUAUAUUAAAUAUGCCUCUGUCCCCUUGAAUUAAGAUUUGACUUACCUUGCGUGUUUUCACAAGUGGCUUUUUCUUUUGGAUGUUAACAUGCAUGCUUUUUGUGUAGCUUAUUAAAUUUUAAAACUAGACUUCGUACUUGUGAGUUUUAAAAAUUGUUCUCUUCUGAUGUAUACAGGUCUCAGCAGUGCAAAAAACAAAACUAAGAAAACCUUGUCAUUGCCACAUUAACCAACUGAGUGAUAUUUUCUAAAGUAAGACUGUGAAAAUAACUUAGCAACUAAACUUUUGCCUAAGAAACACGAUAUUAUGGAACAGGUCCAACAAAUGGGACCUGUUAGUAUUAUAUCUUUACAUGGAUAAAAUCAGCUGACAUGUCGGACUAUGUUUUUAAUCAUUUUGUAUUCUAAGAUCUCCCCUCAUUAUCAUGUUGUCUUUUACACAGUUAUCUUUUUCAUGUCAUGCAUAGUCCAGCCUAAAAAUAAUGUACAAAUAUGUGAAAUUCUGUUAAUUUGCAACAAAAUAUUUUUGUAUAUAAUAAAAUAAAGAUUUAAUAUUGGGGAAAA